AUGGUCGAGGAGAGUGAAGGUGACCCAAGUUCUUCGAAAAACGUCAAAAUUCUCUUCUGUACAGCUUAUGGGAAACUUCCGUUGGCCAUCCAUUUGGAUGGAAAGUUCAAGUUGCUCAGAUGGCUGCUCAAACAUCAGUACGAGGCGUCUUCCUUGUUUGGAGAUACUGUGAUAUCUGCAGAUUCCGACGUCCUGAAACACGUUAACAAGAUAAAUGAAAAAAAAAUCCAAGAAAAGAAAAGGAUAGUUGCGGAGAUCCUCUGGUCCGGUCACUGGAAGAAAGGGGCGGCAGCAACUCUCGGAGAGGAACAAGAACAAGUCUUUUCUACCAUGUCCCGCUACGGAAGUUGUACUAAACACAUGAGUGAUGCAUACAAGAUUCUUGUUGCACGUUUGCUCAAAGCUAGGAAACAGGCCCCCAUACAUCGACAGGAACUCCAAAAAUUAUUGAAAAGGAAAUGGAUCUCCGAAAAAGACCUUCCAUUCAUUCUGGAGGAAUUGAAGAUAAAAGCCAUAGAGAGCAACAACAAACUCGCAUCCUCCAAUUGGGCACUCUCAUAUGAGCGAGGGGACCUAGAAGGUACAUACCUUCAUAUCAAGCGAAUUGAAAGGCGGAUAGCUUUAAUUGUUGGUUCUUCAAAAGAACGAAUUAUGAUGCGGAAGGGCUUGAGCGUAGCAAAGACCAAAGUGAAAUUGCGCAUCGCCCAAAUUAAUGAGGCAAUAAAAGAGUGUCACGAAAGACAAAAGUUGGGCGUGUCUAGAGAAAAUGAUAGAAAUAUAGAAACAUUGGCUAAAAUUACCGGAAACGAUUUCCAUGACGGUGUCUUUCCAUGGCAAACGGAUGGAAUCGUAUCCCGAGAAAAUUUUGAUAUAAUCGACACUUGGAUGCUGAUGAUGCGCUACGACGAAGAAGUAAUUAAGAGGUUGGAAGUUGAUGAAUGCAGCUCGUCUAGUUCAUCAGAUGAAAACGAUGAGAGCCCAGACGGCUCGUCCGCUGAAGAGGAAGUGCGAGACGGAGCCUCCGAAUAGAUGGAGUAUUGACAUAAUUUAUUGUGUAUUUUUCACUAAUAAGCUUUUCUUGAAAAUGAGCAAUUAAAAGUGAUAAUAAAUGUUAAGUCAUUACCUCAUGAUUCUUAUUUUUGCAUUUGUUUUUAUUAUUCGCUAGUAUUCAUCAGUAAUGAUAAGUUGUGAUAAGACGAAAUAAUGCUCUACGGGUUUUUUAAGAAAUGAAGUUUGAAUUUCCCGGG